AAGACAUACAGUUGACCCCUCUCUCUUCUACUAUAAUGAAAUCCAAAUCGAUAACUGACUCAACUGAGAUGCCUGUCGCGCACGUACAGGAUCACAGAAAAACGCUCGCGAUGUGACCGACCUUCUUGACAACCAGCUGGUUUUGGACUCUUGAUCUGUAUUUGGCUCGUUUUAUUAACUCUGCAAUUGUAUUUGUGGUGUGCGUAUUAUUGGGCGUAGCACGAAACAGCACGAUUGUUGUUAGUGACGCCGUUAGCCGUCUUUUUCCAUGUGACUGUCAUUCAAGUCGGCGCUGGUUACCUCGUUGCUUCCCAUGUUAAUAGCAAGCAGGCUAGUUAGCGAGCUAGCUAGCACGACUUCGGUCAGGAUGAUUCUACGCUCAAGAAUCGUUUGUCUUUAAUAUGCACAUCCGACUCUUAUGUGCUGUUAAAGUCUAAUGAAGGACGUUUGCUAUGUUGUUUGUUAGAAUGCGUGAUUAGACUUCAAAGUUAGCUAACUAACCUAGCUAGCAAGCGCACCAGUACCGCAGUAUGCGUCAGGCGUGCAAGAUGGAACAAGCCAGGUCUUGAGUUAGCUAGUGGGGUAGACAAGUUAUUUUUGGUAUGGGAGUAAGUCCGAGGGGUUUGCUUCUUGCCAAGGCCUACGGUGUACUGGAAAUCUUAACUGGAGAAUUUUUACGACAGAGUGGUCGUUGUACUGAAACAACAGUCUAGUUCAGCUUUAAUUCCUAAGAUACGAUUGUUUUACGUUGCUCACGCUGCUGAGAUUUAAGAUUUGUUACACUGGAAUAAAAUGGAUCUAAACUUUUACUCUGAUUUGACGGACGGGACUGGACAACCAGGCGAUCCGGAGUUUCUGGAUCCUCAGGCUUUUAAUGGAUUUGACACAGUUCAAAAGUUCCCUGGAGGAAGUGACAACUACUUGGCUAUCAGUGGAGAAGGUCAUCCUUUCCUGUCCUCCUCCGAGACUUUCCACACACCCAGUCUUGGCGAUGAGGAGUUUGAAAUCCCACCUAUAUCUUUGGACCCUGACUCCACCCUCAGCGUCUCGGAUGUGGUGUCCCAUUUUGGAGAGCUGGGCGAUGGCGGCCCCUCCUCUGGCGUCCCUGGCAACGCUGUCGUCGAGGGCGAUGACCCCUCCUUUGCUUCAACCUUCGUGAACCCAUCUUCGCAGGGCCUGGAGCACCUUAGUCUGAUGAGCCAGCAGGGAGGGGGGCCCAUGCUUGCAUCUACUCUGGGAAUGGAUAUUGGCCACCCUAUUGGAUCUCAGUUCAGUAACUCCUCCCCCAUGACCAUUGACGUUCCACUGACUGAUAUGAACCAUGGUCUCCUGGGUCACAAUCAGUUGACCACCAUUGACCAGUCAGAGCUCAGUGCCCAGCUGGGUCUCAGUCUGGGUGGUGGGACUAUCCUGCCACGCUCCCAGUCACCUGACCAACCGCUGUCCACCACCGGCUCACCUUCUGAAUCUCUGCAGGAUGAUGACAUGGACGACUUCAGAAGAAAGAGCGUGCUGGUGGACUCCCCGGUCUCCCUCUCAGUCUCCCCUGGUGUCAUCUCCCUGUCCCCGUCCCUUGCAGAGCAGCCCGCUACCUCCUCAGCUGUGGCCCCACCCACCUUGGCCCGGAAAGGCGUGACUGCUGGUGGAGGGGGUGGGGCAAAGAAAGGGAAGAAGAAGAAGGAUCCUAACGAGCCUCAGAAGCCUGUGUCUGCCUAUGCCUUGUUCUUCCGAGAUACGCAGGCAGCCAUCAAGGGCCAGAACCCCAAUGCCACUUUUGGGGAAGUGUCCAAGAUCGUGGCAUCAAUGUGGGACAGUCUGGGGGAAGAGCAAAAACAGGUUUACAAGAGGAAGACUGAAGCAGCUAAAAAGGAGUACCUUAAAGCACUGGCAGCUUACAGAGCCAAUCUGCUCUCUCAGCCCACUAUUGAGGUGUUGGACACACCCCCUUCUCCACCUGCCCCUCCCACUGUAGCCAUGGCCACGCCUGAGCCGGCGGCACAGCCACCUUCGCGCUCGAGUCGCAUCCCUCAGCACGCCCCUGACAACAACACCAUCACCAACAUCUGCACCUCCAACAUCAUCAUCGAUUUGCCACAGGUCACCACGCGCUCCCGCACGGGCGCCCACAAGCCGGCCGCUGUCCCUGCCACCACGCAGUCACCGCCCACCGUCGCCAAGAUAGUCAUAACCAAACAGCAAGUCAUGCCCUUGGUGGCCCCCGCCUCUUCGGCCCGCCUGCCGCCUCCUCUCCAGCAGAUGCAGAACACCCCUCCUCCCCCACGCCUCCAACAGAUGGUACACUCCCCUGCCCCACCCCCGCUUCAGGCCAAGCCACGUGGCGGCAGUGCUGCCGGGCAGGUCGCCGCCACGGUUGCCACAGCACCACCACCACCUUUGCAAAUCAAGAUUGUCCCCGCCCCUGUACAGACAGACAUGGCCACACCCAUUAUCGUGACCACGGCGGGGGAGGCGUCGGUGUCGUCUUCCCCUGCCUUGGCUGUGGAGGUGGCGCAGCCCACUGCUAUAGUGACGGCAGAAGGAGAAGAAGGGAUGGAGGUGGAGCUAAACGGCUCCCCUGCAUCCGAAGUGGCGCCGCCGGCCGGCCCUGCCGUGUGCGUGCGUGCGGGCUGCAACAACCCGCCCAUUGAGAGCAAAGACUGGGACCGCGAGUACUGCAGUAAUGAGUGCGUGGCCACCCACUGCAGGGACGUGUUCAUGGCCUGGUGCGUAAUCAGAGGACAGAACUCCACUACUGUAACUUAGUACUCACUUUAACAAGGCCGAGAGAGGGAGUGCCAGUCGGGGAAAUCGCUUGGCAUGUAGUAGACAUGUUGAGAGAAACUGAAAAAAAGAGAGGAUAUAGUCGGCACAGUGCUGGGCGUUGUUCAUCUCUACCUGGAAGUACACUAUACGUGAACACAAAAUUAAAGAGAGAGUUCAACCAGUAAAAGGCAUGUGGCUGACGAGAUAUGAGUUCUGACUUCAUCUAGUGAACUAACCAGCUGUUUCUUUAAACCAUCCCUUUAAGCACUAAAAUUAGAUUUGAAGGCUGCAAAAGCAGUUUAAGAGAAGCCAGGGCAGCAGUCCCAUGGGCCUUAAAAAUCCUUGAAUUUUUAAGAAUUUGGAGGACAAAUACAAGGCACUGCAAUGUUUGAAAGAUGCUUAAGGAGUUUUGAAGUUGAUUACAAAAUGAAAUGUUAUGAAUGUACCUAUUCUAAAAUGUGAAAUUGCUUGGGAACUAGUCGUUUCUCACUCAUUGUUCUAAAUUUGUUCACGUGUCAUUGGCAAAGUCUGUGUUUGUCAGUUUUUUGUUUUUCCACUUGGUGCUCAGAAGGUUCUCAGAAAACCCUUGACUAGUUGAUAAAGUGGGGACAGUCAGAGGAACCAUGUUGAAAGGUUUGUUUAAUGGACUCAAAUUAACAAAAUGUACAGGAAAGGGUUAUGUCCAUUUAAGAUGGCACUAAUGUUUGGCAUCACAGAUCAGUUAUGUAUGCGAGACGCACCAACUGAAAUUAUAAAAGGGAAUUGGGUUCUUUUAAAUUUGAAAUUUUCAGUUGAUUUUUUCUAAAAUGAGUAGUUAUUCCUGUUGGAGUUUACUUAUGUAUUGCUUUUGUUAUGUGAGGUCAGAAGGUUAAGAAUGGUCCGAAAUAAGGGUGCAUGUGUGUGCACGUGCUCAUGCGUGCGUAUGCGUAUGUCUGCGCAUGCAUACGUGUUUUCUUAUUGUGGAUGAGAUUAAAUAAAACACCUCUUAAGCUAA